CUGGCGCGGGAGUUCAAUCAGCUGAAAGAAAAGUCUUUAGCCUCGAUGUUGUAGCUGGUUUAUGUAAACACAUUCUUUACCAUUAAAUGAAUUUGAUUAGGUAUUUGCACUAAAAUGGCUCUUGCAAAAGACGUUGAUCUACCGCCGAGUCUGGCAUGUUUGAAAAAUAUGGACACUUUGCUGCGAUGCCCAAUUUGUUUUGACUUCCUGAGCAUUUCCAUGAUGUCGCAAUGUUCCCACAAUUAUUGUUCUCUCUGCAUACGGAAAUUUCUUUCCUACAAACUGCAAUGCCCUGUUUGUAAAUUGCCAAUGACCGAACAAGAUCUGAGGAACAAUAGAAUUCUUGAUGACUUGGUGAAAAGCUUCCAAGAUGCAAGAAAGCAGUUGUCCCAGGUCCAAUUCGAAUCGCCCCCCAUUUCGCCCAAGACUCCCUCAGCUGUCAAGCGCAAGGCUCCAGCUCCAGCGCCGUCACCGCAGCAGAGGGGCCCCAAGAAGGAUGGCUCCGUCCUCUCUCACUUUUUCCAGAAGCAGCCGUGCGCUGCGUCCAGCUCUGCCUCCGCGCCCAGAGGGGAGCCCGAGGCGCCGCCCCCCCGUGGCAAACGAGCGCGCACCUCCGCUCUCCGCACCGCUGCGCUCAGGGUGAAGCAGGAGCCCGUGGAGGAGGAGGUGCCUCAGGCAGCGCAGCACGCCAGCACCUCCACCAGGGUCCGGGUGAAGGAGGAGAAGACGGACUGUGAGCUCAGCUCCCCGUCCACCUCCCAGGACCUCAUGCCAGUGGUCAAAGUUGAGUGUCCGGUGUGUGAGGUACCUGUCUCUCAGCAGCACAUUAACAAGCACCUGGACACCUGUCUCAGGAGUGAGGAGAAGAAGGAUGCCCUGCGAAGCUCUGGGCGGCGCAAGACCAUGGCCAAAGUGGUGUAUAAUUUGCUGUCUCUGGUGGAGCUGAGGAGGAGACUGCGGGAGUGCCACCUGCCCACGCAGGGCACUAAGGAGCAGCUGAUCAGGCGCCACCAGGAUUUCCUGCACAUCUACAACGCCGAGUGUGACGCCGAGGAGCCGCGCUCUGCUGAAGUCAUUGCAAAGGAGGUGGAGACGAACGAGAAGAUGAGGAUGCAGUUGGACAAGACAAAUAAAAGGACUGGUUUGGUUUUCAGAAAGGAUCAAACUGAAGAUGAGAUUGAGGCAGUGCACUCCAACUACCGGAAGCAGCACAGCAGCGAGUUCUCCCGCCUGGUGGCUCAGGUCAAAGGGCGCAUGGAGACGUCCAAGAGGGCUCGACAGAUCAAGCAGGAGAAGGAGGCAGCCGGUGAGGAAACGAGCCGUGAAGCGAACCUGACAGAAGCAGUGGAGCAAAGCCCAUCUCCUCAAGGGAGCGCGGCAGCCAGUGAGAAGCCAGCCCCAGACACAAAGCCCUCCCUGACAGAGAUCAUCUCAAGGUCACCUAGCCCGUCCCCAAGUGAGGUGUCCAUAAGCAGCUCAAUUUCAGAUGUGUUCAGCUGACAACAUGGCAGGAUGGAUUGACACCAGGAAAACCCUCAGGGAUCAACUUUGGGAACGUCUUCCCAGAUGAGGCGGACCCACUGGAAGUGUGGAGAAGUUAAAGGAUCAUGGAGAUAACCAGCUGUUCAUGUCCGGAUUUGUAUUUUAUAUUGUUUUUUUUUUGUGUUUUCAAUUUAAGUGUACAUUCUUAAGUGUUUUUUAAUAAACCUUUAAUUAUUUACCAA